UGAAGAACCCAAUCAUCAUCAUCAUCAUCAUCAGAAAGAAGCAAUGGCCGGUGUCGAUCCCGAGAAACUCGUCGCUAAAGCCGAUAAACUAACAAAACUUACUUUAACACGAUGGAGUGCUGACUGGAGGAAUGCAACGGAAUAUUAUGAGCAGGCAGCUAAUGCGUUUAGGUCUGCCAAAAAGCACGACAAGGCAAAAGUAGCCUUUGAGAAAGCUUCAAAAGGACAAGAAAUGCUCUCUUCACCGUGGGAUGCUGCUAAGCAUAUGGAGUCUGCUGGUGCGCUAGCAGUGGAAUUGAGUAUAUGGAAUGAAGUUGCUGAUUUUUACAGAAGGGCUUCUGAGCUGUACAAUGAGUGUGGGAGGUCACAGCCUGCAUCUGACGCACUUGCAAAAGGUGCUCGUGCUCUUGAAGAUGCUAAACCUGACGAUGCUAUAGCAAUGUACGCUGAAGCCAUAUCGCUACUUGAGGAGGAUGGCAAGGAAAAUAUGGUGUUUGAUUUAUACCGUGCCAUCAGUAAUGUUCACAUAAAGCUUAUGAAGUAUACUGAUGCUGCAAAUUUUCUCCUGAAAUGGGCCGUAGCAGCUAGUAAAUGCAAUUCUCUUCAUAGCCAGUGCAAGGCUUAUCUUAGUGCAAUCAUUGUAUACCUAUAUGCUCAUGAUUUCAAGCAAGCAGAAAAGUGCUAUAAUGAUUGUUGCCAGGUCGAUAGUUUCUUGAGUAGCGAUCAAAGUCAUUGUGCCAGUAAACUUCUUUCUGCAUACAGAGAAGCCGAUGUUGAAGAACUCAAACGUGUAGCGAAGUCUAGUAUUGUUUCCAACCUUGACCAUAUGAUAAUUAGACUUGCAAGGAAGCUCCCUACGGGUGAAAUGAUUGCAAUGGAAGUCAAUUCACUGGAGUAUGGAGAGGCCCUAGAUGAAGAUGACCUAACUUAGUCAUAAACAUUGUCGCAUUUAUAGUUCACUGGUGUACAAUGCUAAGUAUAUGUGAAAAUGGUAAUAAUUAUUAUAUUAUAUUGAGUCUGUGGCGUAUGAUUGUUGUAUGAUACAAACAUAUAUAAUCAUGCAUUUUAAGGUCUUAAUACUGGAAAAUAUUUUCUUUUGUUUGCCUUGGCUUCACUUUAAUAGCCAUUGAAUUAUAUAAAGUUGGUUUCUAGCACUUUGCCAUCA